CCGCACUCCAUCACUGAGAGAGAGAGAGAGAGAACCGAGAGGCCUAGACACAGACUCAGAGAGGAGGCGAGACUGUGAAUUACCGGGUUGCUUGCUGCUGCGAAAUCAAAUCACCCCAGAAUCCAAUUCUUUUUACGGGAAUAAAGGAUAACAUGAUGUGUUCAUAAUGCGUUUAUAGUGUUUAAUGCUUCAAUGGAGUCUAAUACUUCGACGGAGUCUCCAGGUUGUGAAACAAGGGCUCCUACCAGGAUUGGGGACCGAUCAAAUAGUGAUGUCGUGGUGAGAAUAAGAACACAGGAUACCUGGGAUGAAUGGUUAUAUUGUCACUCCCACAUCCUCAUAGAAAAGAGCAAGUAUUUUGCUGAUCGCCUAUCUGAUAGUUGGCCAACCUGUCAAAUUCUUGACUCACGCAACUGUGUUGAGGUUUACUGCCAGGAUUCAGAUUUUGACUAUCAUGUUAGUGUCCUCCGUCUUCUCUAUGUGUUGAUAGAUGGCUCAGUUGAUGACAUGUGGCAUGGUGUUAAAAAUGCCCUUGGAAUUCUCCAAGUAGCUGUCAAGCUUGAAUGUCCCCAAAUAAUCAGUGCGUGUGUGAAGUAUGUGGAAGCAGUCUCUUGGGAAGAGUCUGAGGAGGAGGAGAUUUUAAAAAUCAUACCACGCAUGGGUCCACAAGCUGAACCUAUUCUUGCCCGCCUCCAACCAGUCACUCAAUCUGCAAUCAUGGGAAUCUUUUUCUCAACCAUCCAGUUUGCCACGUCUUCCCCUCCUCCAAUCAUGAAUGAUCUCAAGACUUCAGCACAGGAGCAGCUUGAGUACAUGCUAACAGAAGAUGAUGAUUCCCCUCUCUUGGCAGCUGAUGAUGAAAUAAAAUCUGAGGUAAAAGAAUGUGUAAAGAGACUAUUUGAUAGAUUUAAUAAUCAAUUGGAAGCUUUGUUAUGUGAAAUGGAAUUAUUUUCUGAUAGGGGAAAGAUACUAUCAUUUCAAUCGCUUUUAUCAGAUUUAUCAUGGGCAUGUCAGAUUUUAACCAAGUUGGAAAUUAUGAGAGAAUUCGUCUGCAACUGGACAGAUGCAUCAGAUAAAAUAGUUAUGGUUGUCAAGCAAGCAAGUCCCACAACUGAGCUAAUUGAGUCUAAGCUGAAGGUUAUUGAGGUUGCAGCAAAGGUUCUAGAGGCCAUAGGUUAUGGCACUGUGAUUUUGCCAACAGCAAAACGGCUUCAUAUGGUCAAUGUAUGGCUUCCUUUUGUGAGGGUUACAAAACCUCUUAUUGAUUCUGUGGUGGCAGCCACUGGUGAUGAAGCUCCAGCAUUUAAAAUGGAUGGUGAACUAUGGCAAUCCUUAGAAUCCACAUUUGUUUCUCUAAUUCUUGCACUGCCAUCCACUGAGCAGGCAGGGAUAUUGACGGAAUGGCUAGGGAAUGAGCAUAUUGAAUAUCCUGACCUUACUGAAGCAUUUGAGGUGUGGUGUUACAGGUCCAAAGUUGCGAAAAGGAGACUAUCAGUGAUAGCUGUGAACCAUGACAAGAUCGAUACACAUUAAGUAAGUAAUCUCUUCUAUUGGCUUUUGCAACCUGUUCAUUUCCUAACUCUUGAACAUCCUUUCCUAAACCAAUAUAUUCGCAAUAUCUAAAGCGGAGAGGGUAUACAUGAAAAUCAGAAUACAUAGCACCUUCUUUAGCUAAGAAGCCUUUUUUUUUACCAGUACCAUCUAUAUUCUGGUUUAGGGUGUCAUGUCAUGUGAUUUUGGGUCCUGUAACUCCUGAUUAAUUGUAAAAAUUGUAAUUGAUGGAUUCUGUAAGUUAGUAGGCAAUGAAAAUUUAAGGUUUUAUUUAUGUACCCCUUUUUAAAUUUGAUCGAGUAUGG